AUGGCACAGACAAGUUAUAAUAUUAAGGAUGUGUAUAAAGCCAUUUAUACGAUCGAUGACUAUUUUUGGGAAAAUACUAAUAAUCAAUUAAUAGUUAAUCCAAAAUACAAAGAUUUAAUCCAAAAAUAUUGUCAUUACGGGAAUACCUCAGGAAAAGGUAAUUGUCAUAAUGAUUAUUUAAAAAUGGCUAGUUCUGGUGUUAUUCAUUUGCUAGAAUCGUUAAAGAAGUAUAAUUUAGAAGAUGAUAAACUUGCCCAAUACGCUAUUUUAUGGUUAAGUUACAAACUAAAUAUAUAUUCAAAAAUUACAGCCAAAAAUCUAAAUGAUUUUUAUAAUAGUUAUAUAGAAAAAAAUGAGUAUUAUAAUAAGAAAAUAAAUGAUGAUGAUAAUAGUAUGACUUAUAAGGAUAUUAUAAAUAAAAAACAAAAUUUGAUGAAUAUUAAAGAACUAUCUAAAUUUGAUCUCCCAUUUUAUAUAUUAUUUGAUUUGUAUUCUAAACUUCAUGGUAAUGUUUUGAAUUGUACAGAUUAUUCUGGUUAUGUUAAUGUGUUUGUUAGUCGUUUUAAAGAACUCAAUAAUGAUCCUAAGAAUAUAGAAAACAGUUCAUAUAGUCAAAUAUUGUCUACAUUAUCAAAUGAUUAUAAAAAUUUAAAAAAUAUAUAUGAUAUGGAUAAAGUUAAAUGUGUCUAUUUUCCAUCUCUUCCAGCAUUAACUCCCAAAAAAAUUUCUGUAGAAAAAUCUGUACAACCUACUACACUAAGUCAUGAAUCUACAUCAUCAACUUUGUCGAUAUUAAACACAGUAAUUCCAGGUUUAUCGACAUUUUCUGUAAUACCAGUUUUCUUGGGAAUUGCUUAUAAGACAAUAUAUAAAAAAAAAAUUAAAAAAAAUAAAGAAGAAAAUGAAACUUAA